AUGAAAUCUCUUAUAGAGGAUGAAAACCUUAAAAAAUUACCAUCAAAAGUAAAGUAUGCUAUUUUCAAUAAUGCAUCUGAUAAUUACAGCAGUUGUACUAUUGAAAAAAAUGUAAUUAAACUUAAAGAAACAAAUCCUGGGAUUGAAAAUGUUUAUGACAAAAUAGUUAAAGUCUUAUGUCACGUAUAUAAUAAUGAUUCAGCAGGAAGCUUUGAUACAGCUGAUUGUGAUUACCUGUACUUUUGGUUAUGUGAUUUAUUAUAUAGAAAUUUAACAUACACUAAUUCGCUUUAUACUGUUAUGUAUGCGAUUAAUCAUAUUCUGCAAAAAAGUAAUGGUGUGUCCAUAUGUAAUUUUGAUAAAUAUUAUUAUUAUAAUAUAAACAAGGAAAUUUUUAUGGAUUUUAAGGUUUUAUUUGAUUACUCAAAAGAUUAUGAUAAGCUCGUGCAAGAUACAACUGCAUCUAAUGGGCCUUGUAGUCGUGACUAUACGAAACUUCUUAAUCAAUAUGUCAUUGAAUAUAACAAGUACAAAUUUUUCUGCAACAAAGAACCAAAACAUAAUAUUAAUUGUAAACUUUUUGAAGAGUUUUUUAAAAAUAAGGAUCCACAGAAAUUGUGUAAAUUGUCAUGUAAUUCACGAAAUAAUUAUUAUAAAUAUGCAAAACAAAAAGAACAUCAUAGUGGAGUGGCAGAAUCAGGAGUAAAAACAGUGGAACAACGUACUAGUGAACGACAACAAGAAUUACUUAUAAGUGGUUUACAUACAAGUCCAUAUGUAGAUGUUUUAUUAGGAAAUACAAAUAAAGAAGUAAAUGUACAAGAUUUAAUCUAUGAUAAACAAGAAUUAUAUCCUUUGGAUAUUGAAGGUCCACAGCAGAGUGCCUUUAUUGAUUUUUCAGCUUCUUCGUCUUCAAAAAAUAUGGUAAUUCCUACUUUAUUAAUAGGAAUUACAGUUCUUUCUGUUAUACUGGGCAAAUUUACUCCAGUCGGGUAUUGGUUAAAAAAAGCCUUAGUAGGAAAAUCUAAAGGGAAAUGUAAUAUUAUAAUGGAUAGUAAUAUAACAGAAGAUUAUACUAUUCCAGAAAAUUUAGAUUCAUCGAGAAGGUUUCAUGUAAGAUAUAGCAAUAUAUAUUAG